AUGGCGGCCAGAUUUGAGUUCUUAUUAAUAGUUUCGGAGAGUUUCGGAGUAUAGUUGUCGAGAUUACCGCCAUAUUUGGACACGAUGCCUGUCACAACAAAAAGAGAAAUUUCUACUAAUACCCUAGAAUGGAUUGGUAAUGGCACUAUAGACGAUGGAAAAGUAUUUUACAGCCAAUGCAAAGUUAACGGAAUCCUGAUCAAGUGUGGAGAUGAUGUGGUUAUACUCGGACGCACGGGGCGGCGUUCCAUUGCACAUGUACAGAAGUUAUAUGAAAUUGAGGAAUCUAAAGAUCCCAACAGAGCUAUAGUACAGUGGUAUUACACUUAUGGUGAAAUCUCAGAACUCAAAGGGAAGAAACCUGCUGAUAUCCCAAAAUCUUGGACAGAAUUAUUGCUACCAAGUGAGGAUUGUUGUAGUUCUAAAGAUGAUCAUAUUAAAGCUGAAGAUAUACGGAGAAAGUGCAAUGUUUUAAAGUUAAAACCGCAAGAUGAAGUUCCAGAUUAUUUACAAAGUUCUUAUCGAGACGGUCUUUAUUAUAUUCGCUUUAAAUUUGACCAGAAUUACAACCUUUAUCCUGUUAAUAAAAGGCUUUCCAGGAAGUCUACAUCAAACACAGAACAGACCAUAGAAAGAGGGAUAAAUCAUGUCAGAACUCCAAAGCAAACCCCAAGGAGGCCAAAUAACACUGCAAAAACACCAAAAGCAAAAAAGACGCCAGCUAAAGAAAAGGUUGCAGAUAAUUCCACUUCGAAGACAAACAAGAAGACUCCCAGGAGUACAAAGAAAUUAACAAUUGAAAAAAAGUGCAUGGUAUCUAUUGAGCCAUUGAUCUUUGAUAGAGACACUGGAACUUCUUUAAAAAGAAGAGCAAGCCGCAGUGUUCCAGAUGAAUCUGCAGUGACACCUAAAAGAACAAAGGAUUCCAAUAGUACAAGAAAAACAAAAGAACAAGUUAUGUCUCCAAGGCAGAGAUAUGGUACAGCGGAAGUCUUAGAGCAAGUGCUUGAGAGUGAGUCAAGAUGUAGUGAUGACCAGGACGAUGAUGAUGAUGAUGAUAAUGAUGACAACGUCAGUGAUGAUGAUGAUGAUGAUGAUGUGUUUCAUCCAAGUGAUGUUAGUGAUUUAUCAGAUGGCAAUGAUGGUGACGAUGAUGACGAUGAAGAUAAUGAUUGGGUUGUGGAAAAGAUUGGUAAAGCAAGAACUCAAGGAAAAUGCACACCAAUAAGAAUACUGAGAUCAUCGUCCAAGGGCAAGAGUUCAUUCACAGCAAUACAGGACUCAUCCAAGGGUAAACCUACUGCUAAAACUCCAUCUAGAGUAAAACCACCUCACAAAACACCUCAAAAAAACUCUGCACAGAAACUGGCAAAAACUCCAAAGACUGAGCGAAAGACACCAAAGACACCAGCCAGAAACAGCUGUAGGCAGCCAUCUCAGAAGAAAAUGAUGACCCCAAGCAUUCCUGAGAGGCAGCAGCCUUGUAAAACACCGGGAACACCUCUUGAAAUGGCUAGAAAAAAACUGCAUGUGUCGGCAGUUCCUUCGUCUCUUCCCUGCCGUGAGAAGGAGUUUACAGAUAUCUUUAACUUUGUGGAGGGGAAACUUGAGGACGGAACGGGGGGGUGCAUGUACAUCUCUGGAGUUCCGGGGACUGGAAAAACAGCCACUGUACAUGAAGUAUUACGCAGCAUACAAGAGGACGAGGACCUGCCGGAAUUCACGUUCGUGGAAAUAAAUGGAAUGAAGCUAACAGAACCAGCACAGGCUUACUCCACCUUCCUUAAACUUCUAACAGGAAAAAAGGCAACACCCGAGCACGCCUCCAAUCUGUUGGAUAAACUUUUCAGUACACCAGCACCUAACAGGGAUCCUGUCGUCUUAUUGGUGGAUGAGUUAGACCUUUUAUGGACGCGUAAACAAAACGUGCUGUACAACCUGUUUGAAUGGCCGACACGGAGACACUCCCGGCUGAUCGUGCUCGCCAUUGCUAAUACCAUGGAUCUGCCGGAACGAAUUAUGAUGAAACGAGUUUCCAGUCGAUUGGGACUGACACGGCUGACUUUUCAGCCCUACACGUUUUCACAGCUACAAGAGAUUGUGAUGUCUCGUAUCGUUGGUUUAAACGCUUUUGAGCCGGAUGCCAUACAGCUGGUCUCAAGAAAGGUGGCAGCUGUCUCCGGUGACGCUCGCCGCUGCUUAGACAUCUGCCGCAGGGCAGUGGAGAUCGCAGACUCACAGUCUAAGAAGAAGGGAACAGCACUGGUGGGGAUGAGUCACGUGGACGCUGCAUUGCAAGACAUGUUUUCAUCGCCAAAGAUACGAGCCAUGAAAUGCUUGACACAAAUGGAGGGUCUGUUUCUGAAGUCGGUUAUUGCCGAGUUUCGUAGCUCAGGACUGGAAGAGGCGACAUUUGGAGAUGUUUUCCAGCAACUCCUCGAUUUUUGUCGCAUUGAGGGUCUUUCCACACUUACACCAUCUCAAGCCGCGGGAGUUUGCUGUCGAUUAGGGGCUUGGAAACUACUUCUAGUUGAAUCUGGCCGUCGUGAUCUGGAACAGAGAAUACGUUUGAAUGUCAAUCAAGAUGACGUAUUGUAUGCUCUUCAAAGUAAGCCCAGGUGACAAGACACGUGACCAUAUUUCGAAUGGCUGACAAGCCGCUGUUCAGAUCAUAUCGACUUUUGAAAUAAGUUUAUUUGAAAUGCUUAUUGAAGUGAUUUGAAUUAAUGUGAUGUGGAGAAACUCUUUCGUUGCUGUAUUGAUUAAGAAGGAAUCAUGGAAAACCUAGCUGUUUGUAAAUAGGCGUUUCAUUUUCCUGAUUUCAUACUGUAUAUUUUUG